AUGUCGGGUCUUCUUCUUGAAGAAUGUCGCCUCAAUCCACUUGGACUUGAGUCCCUUCGAGGGCUUUUUCAACACAACAUGCCACAGUACGACCGGUAUCAGCCUCAGUAUGAUCAAGCCGCUCUAGCCUUCCUCCUCCAUGGCAAACAUAAGGAUGGAAAUCAUAAAAUGGCACUUGAUACAUUCCAUUCCGACUGGCGGGUCGCGAGGGAACAUGUACCCUCAGGUAUAGAAGGCCAGACAAUCCGGACCAAGUUUAAGGAGGAAGUCAUGGAGCUUGUAUUUGAUUCUAUCACAGCAUGGGACCGUAUUACUGGCGGAACGACGAUUCUCAUCCAUAUUGAUGGAACGCUUGAACCAGAUGCUCCGGUGUCUCCAGAGUACGUCAAGGCCCACGUCUACCUCAAUCCUGGCCUAUUGGAAGACAUGCCAGAGACCACUGCGGCCGUCGUGCGUAUGGUGCAAUUGUUCAUUGAAGACAUCGGACUGCCUGUUAUCAGAAGGUGGUUUCGUGCAUUCAAGAAGGAAGGCUUUUCACUUACCAAACAUUCAACUCGAGCGAUCCGUAUUCCGUCCUCCAUUCCACUCAUCCCGAGGCCCGUCCCUCGAUGCUCGACUCAUCACAUCUUUAGGGGCCAUCCAACUGGGGCAUUGGAUGCUAGGCUCGCAAGCCUCUCUGUGCCGAUGAGAGAUAUUCGUUCUGAGGUCGCUUCAGUUACAGAUACAGAUGAUGCGGAACUGCAAGAGCUCCAAGUUCGUUUCGACCAGAUGUCGAUGGGAUACGCAGAGAAGAUGGAGGUGUUGGAAAAAGCACUGCACUUGGAAUCGUCCGAGCACCGGGAGCUUGUGGAGCUUCUCAAUUACAAAGUUGACAGCCUCAAGGAUACUUUGGCAGAUCGCGAUGAACUGAUUCGAAAGUUACGCUCGGCCCUUCGUGCAUACAGGCUUCCUAUGGCGACACCUUCGCAAUCUGCUCCAUUGUCAAGUCAUUCUAAUGCAGAUAUUCACUACGGCCCCGCCAUUUCCGCAACGGCACUUCCGCGCCCUGCCGCCAAGCGCAAGAAGGCUGCACCUAUUGACUCAGAGAAGCGCAAGAAGAUUAAAGCACGUCGUGACGAGAAGAACAAGGAGGUCGAUGAGCAGAUCGCCACCUGGUUUCAACAGACAGUUGCGUUGGCAAGCAACAUGGCAGAGAAGUAUGGCCAGACAAUGCAGCACUAUCUCCGACUUUUUUUCUUUGGUGCUGAAAGUCACACGAAGAAGCGACAGCCAUCUGCCUACAAUGCGUACAUAAGUGCGAUGGCAGCGGACACGAAUUCAGAUGCUGCUGCUGGGAGCGCAUCGUCUCUGAUCGAUGUUCAAUUGGACCACCGAGAGGCAUACUAUGACCUAACGCAGAAGGAGAAAGAUGAGUUUGUCACAGAACUACUGAAGAAGCGUGAAACGGAGCAGAAAGGUUCCCGUCCCAAUCAACGGUCUCGCAUUCAAGAUGCCAGUGCAGUGCUGAGACUGAUUGAACAGGAGCUUCUCGGCUUGAAGCACAGAGUCGGGAUUGAAGGGUUUUUCUGCAUGGUCAAGAAUAACACGGAAUUCAACAUGGGACCUCAGUGGUUUUUCACUGAUCAGGAGAUAGAACGCUACCUGAGUGUUACUGUACGGAAAGGGUGGGAUACAGGAUUCAUCGGCGCCGUUACGGAAGCAUUCUCAGUCGCUGGAUGUGAUACAAUGAAAACUCUCACAAACUCAAAGCAGAAGGCAACAUACCUCAUGACAUCAAUCCAAGAUGAGAUCCAACGAAAGCUCGGUUUGUUCACAGCGCUUGAUCUCACGUCAAACUCUAUAUUGACUUCUAUUCCCACAGCUGAAAUUACCGGUAACAACGAUGCCCAAAUGCAGUACAUCAAGUACGAGAAGGAUAUCGUUCAGCGCUAUGGGAUUGAGCUUCAAGGAUGGACCCACUCGGAGUGGACCACACCGCGGAAGAUGAGCACUAGUCUCCCCCCUUUGGAGACCUUGCUCAAUGCACUGCGCAGCGAUGCAUGCAAGUUCGUUAAGCUCACCAAAGCGCAGCUAGAUGCACGUGAGAAACCUGUUGAGAAGCCGAGAAAGAAACGCGAGGACUUCGGAAAGAAACGCAAGAAGCGUACGUCAGCUACGGAUGGUGGUAACAACAGUGGUGAGGAGGACGGUGAGGAGGAUGACGCCGAAGGGGACAUUGAAGAAGCUACCCCGCCGGCCCCUAAGAAGAGGCGCCGUAGCAAGGCUCAAAUGAAUACUGCAAGUGGCGGCAACUAG